UUAGUGUGAAUAUGUAUUAAAUAACAAUAUAUUAUCGUUUUAAGUGACCUGUGACGAUUAGUGUAUAAGUGCCAAUAUAUAAAUUGAGUAAUAAUGUGUUUUUAAAUGAAAAAACUGCAGUAUGUUUAUAUUCGUUUGGUGUCCUGUCACUUUGAGACCCAUACUCGUUGAGCCACCGUCUGAUGGCUCAGUCUCGCAUUUUAGUAUUGGCAUUGCCGCUGACACAACGCCCGUGUGAUAUCAGCAAAACAAUGUUAUCGAACUCGUAUCACUAUCAGAUAAUAAAAAGACGAUAAUAAUAAAAUGAGUUCGAUGCGAAGUUCCGAUUUAUUACAUACACUAUAAUGUCCGAAAGACCGAAGUAGUGAGUGAUCGAUUUAAGUAAUUUUUAAAAAUGAGACAUGCAUUCGGCCGAGAUGCAAAAAAGUGUUUCAGUGCAAGUAGAUAGUGAUUUUGCCCUUCUACUACCUAGCGGUGCAUAUGAAAUAAAGAAAAUGGAGCCAAGAUCGAAGUUACGAAAAGUGAUAUUGUUCUGUUUACUACUUUCACUGUUUGGAAUGGUGGCGUUUGGAUAUUUCUGUCCAGACCAGGUGUGCGCCUUAUCGCCAAGGGAACGGAUGUCCGAAUCUCUCGCACUCACAUACGCGGAGGCGCCAGGACGACCUUUACCUGACCUGAUCGCUCAGCCCGGUCUCUCGUAUGACGAGGUUUUACACGAUGAUUUUCGAUUCGACCUGAAUGCGCACGAUGUCAUGGUCUUCCUCCACAUACAGAAGACUGGAGGCACAUCCUUUGGAAGACACCUAGUCAUGGAUCUGGAUUUGAAGAGGCCGUGUAACUGUCAACGUGCGCGUAAACGUUGCCAUUGUUUUCGACCGCACAGCAACGAAAUAUGGCUCUUUUCGAGAUACUCUACCGGCUGGAAAUGCGGUCUCCAUGCUGAUUUCACGGAGCUGACAGCGUGCGUGGGCGGAGAGCUGGAUCGACACGAGGGUUCCGCGGUGCAUCGGAGAUAUUUCUACAUAACCCUACUCAGGGAACCUGUUUCCAGAUAUUUAUCAGAGUACCGCCACGUAAAGCGCGGAGCCACGUGGAAGGGAUCCCGGCACUGGUGUCAAGGGCGUACGGCGUCGGCGGCGGAGGUCCCUCCUUGCUACACCGGCGAGUCUUGGCGCGGCGUCACUCUGGAAGAGUUUGCGGCUUGCCCGUGGAACUUGGCAAACAACCGACAGACUCGCAUGCUUGCCGACUUGGCUCUCGUCGGCUGCUACAACGGAACAUUGCGGCAUCGGUCCUCCGACACGGAUCGCGUACUGCUCGCGUCUGCCAAGCGAAACUUAGCUGCCAUGGCGUAUUUCGGCCUCACCGAAUUUCAAAAGAUAUCACAAUACGUAUUCGAGGAGACGUUCAACCUACGUUUCGCGGUCCCGUUCACGCAGCACAACGCGACGGUGUCGGGCGCGACGCUAGCCGCACUGUCGCCGGCGCAGGUCGCGCACAUCCGGCGGCUAAACUCGCUCGAUUUAGAGCUGUAUGACUUCGCUAAGAACCUCAUGUUUAAAAGGUUCGAAGCGUUAAAGAAACGAGAUAGCGAUUUCGAAUUCCGCUGGCGACAUCUCGGCGAAGUGGCGCCGAAAGUCGGUGUCACCGAAUUCGAUUGGGACAGCAACCUAGAGGACGCGACCACGGAGAAGUCGAGAGGCAAAUCCUUUAAGUCGAAGAAAGUUUGAGAUCCAAGUCGCGGUAAACCACAGUGCAGUGGAUGAAACUACAUUACGUUACUGGUGCAUGCUCUAUAUAUCUAAGGAUAAAGAUGUAUUAAGCGUUAAGAUUCGAUGUCUAACUAUUACCAACUCUUUGUGUUCAAAUUCGUAUUCUUAAUUUAAACUUUUUUUUAUCGAGCGUAUUCUAUUUUUAAAUAAAAGAGUUGUUAACAGUUAUUCACUGCAUAAUA